AUGGUCAGCGAAUCCAAGAAGAUCAUCCUCUACGCAGGAAUGAGCGACUCCUCGCACUUUUCGCAGCGCAUCCACCUCGCUCUCGAGCAUGCCCACGCAGACUACACGAUCUGCAAGGUCGACGUCCGCCCCCCGCGCGAGCCGUGGUACGCCGCGCGGAUCAACCGCCUCGGGAAGAUCCCGGCGAUCGCAUACGACUCGCACGCGAUCCUCGAGUUCCUCGCGGACGCCGGCUUCGCGGACGGGUUCCGGAGCACGUUCCUGGGCGCGCUCCCGCGCGCGCUCCUCGCGGAGUCCGCGAGCGUGCAGGAGGACCUGCCCGGGACCGGCUGGGUCGCGGGCGGGUGGCGGAUGGCGGAGAUGGUGGCGGGGCUGCACGUGUACAAGAGGGUGAGGGUGUGCGUGCAGGAGAUCGCGGCGCACCCGACGUUCAUGGCGCCUUUUACUGAGGCUUAUAACGCUGCGGUCUGGAGCAAUCACCCUCUCCUCCAGCGCGACCAGUAG